AUGUUGAUCCGAAUCAGAGUCACACGUUGCGACACAUUGCUGAUAUCACACUCUCCGCUCUCUAAAAGCACGUUCGUCACAUCUCCUAAAAUCACUUCACUCUCCAUCUUCACCACAGGCACCUACACAUUACCCAGCAAUCAAACCUCUACGCGAUCGCCACAGCCGAUUUCCACAAUCACUAGCGAGUCUUCCUUGUGCGAACUCAAAUACUUCUCCAUCGUUUCCUCCCACGUAUCGUACAGAUCGAAGUCGCUGGUUCCUUCUCCCUCCAAACCAAGCCAUUCCUCGUCAUUGAACAUGAGAACGCUGGGACGGCUUUUAAUUUUAAACGAAAUCUAUUUUAUGUUUUCUACAAAAUUGUCACAGAGAAUACUCGUUUCUACGGUUUCAAAGAGAUGGAAAACUGUUUUUGUUGGUUUAUCGGGUGGAAUCGAUUCCUCCGUAUCUGCCUAUCUCCUUUUAAAGCAAGGAUAUGAUGUAAAAGGAGUUUUUAUGAAGAAUUGGAGUGCCGAAGAGGAAACAGGAAAACCACUAUGCCCCUUGAAAGAUGACUUCAUUGACGCACGUAAUGUUGCCGAAUUCUUAGGAAUUCCAUUAAUUACUUAUGAUUUUGAAAAAGAAUAUUGGACCAACGUGUUCGAAGUCUGCCUUGAUGCAUUCUCAUCCGGUUUAACACCAAAUCCGGACGUUUUAUGCAAUCGUUACAUCAAGUUUGAUGCUUUUGCUCAUCGUUGUUUUCACGAAGGUGCGGAUUAUAUUGCAACAGGCCAUUACUGUCGGACCAAUCAAGGCAAGCCACUCUCUCCCUUCUCCGAAGGAAUCGAGUUAUUGCGAGGCAUCGACAAAAGCAAAGAUCAGAGCUAUUUUCUAUCCCAAAUCAACCACUCGCUUCUCUCGCGUGUUCUUUUCCCUGUAGGUGGGAUGACAAAGACCGCGGUUCGAAGGCUCGCAGAGGAAGUCGGGCUGCCAAAUGCACGAAAAGAGGAAAGCAUGGGAAUUUGCUUCAUCGGAGAACGAAACAUGAAGAGUUUUCUGAACGAGUAUUUAUCGGCGUCUCCGGGAAAAAUCCGAACGAUUGAUGGGAGAGAGAUCGGAAAGCACGACGGAAUUCUGUUCUUUACGAUCGGGCAGGGAGUGAAGAUCCCGAACCAGCGAGAGAAGUAUUACGUAUGCCAGAAGAACGCGCAGACAAACGAGCUGAUCGUGUGUCCAGGCAACCACCCAGCGCUGUUUCGCCACGAUUUCUAUGUAGCUCAGUCGUUGCAAAUGCACGCUAGAUCGACCGGAACGAUGCGGUGUGGACGAGCGCUUCCACUCUUCCACUUCUCACUUCGUAUUGCACAGCACACACCGAUUCCUUCCCCAUUCAAUGCCAAUUACGCUACCAAACAGUUCGCUAAUUUGGUGAUUUCGAGUCAUUUAUAG